GCGGGAAUAUUCCGAGCAGACUGCGACGGGAAGUACGCGAGGACAUCUUGGCCCAGGGCCCGACAUCCACUGAUUAUGCGACUGUUGUUCCGCAUUCUCUGUUUCACCCUCAUUACCGCGGGCGAGCUUGCGGUCGCGGCCAGACCCACCAGAUCUCUGUCAUUUCGGAAAGGUAGCUCCUUUUUCUACAGGGUGAAUUACAAGAUCACGGUGUUGUCUUACUCGACUAUAUUCGCUCAUGCGGCUGGUUUUAAGCUAGUAUGGCAACUUCCAAGUGAGUCCGCCGACACCAGAAUCGGCAGGUCCAUCUCCGACGUUCACCAGGCCGCGGAGCUCGUCUACGAGAGCCAUGGAUUUGAUGGGAGAUCGUGUCUCCUGAAGAAUAUCUGUCAAGCGAUGGAAUACGUAAGUCAGAGGGAUGGCGUGAUCGCAAAGAUAUUAAAAUUGCUGAUCGGAUCAUAUACGACGAAUAGCUCAUCGAUGGAGCCUCUUUACUGUGACAUCCACGUCAGAAGUUGCCCCCUCGAGUUGAUCGGAAUUGACGGUUUUAUGGAGCAAUAAAUCUACCUGUUUUCGAAAAUCGUAGAUAAAGCUGAACUUAUGAAACUGUAGGAAAGACAUUAAAAGUGACGUCUCUCCAAUCGAAUCCCUCUCUCCUUAAGUCUCGUUUCGAUUAAUCAAAUAAUCCGGAUUUAAACAAUCUUAUUCUUGCCAGAAUCUGUUAUUCACUUAACUUGACGUAUCCUCUCAGGCUUUCACAUUCAUCGUUAUUAUCAAUAAAAAUACUUCGGUUCAAACAAAUUUAAAUAGAUGAAUUUAGAACAAGAUGGAUAGCUGUUGCAAGAUUUUUGAUUCUUCCGUUUGAAACUCGCGUUUUAAAAUCUGCACUGUUAAACUCGAAUAUAUACAUAUAUGUAUAAACAUACUAUCAAACAUAAGUAUGUCAAUACUGGUAUAAAUCGGUUGCUUUUCAUUCUUUCAUUUCGUAGUUGGUUGAUGCUCUUUUACCAUCUCUAAAAGCAACCAAGUUAUCCCGCUCACCUGUCAUUCUGUACUUUAGGUGUUACUAGCUAAUUUCCUUUACCGUUAUCGUCUUACUGCUGAUUCGCCUAAGUUGUCUGACUUCGACCAAGUUUAAAAGCGUCAAUAAAAAAUAAUUUUCUUUCUCGUCGCAAGUUGUAUCACGCUCCGAUCCUUGUAAUUUUCCUAUCCCUUAAAUGGAAGUCAGGAGUGUCAUCCCUUCUCGUGCGAUUUCUCGACGGAUUUCCAGCUCGAGGAUGGUAAAAGGACGGUCGCAUUCCUCGACAGAACGGUUAUAAUUGCAUCCAUGUCAGGGGCCGGCGACCACGCGUUAACGAAAAGCAUUAAUUUAGAAAGCCGCGCGGUUUUCUUGCCA